CGAACUCGUCGAGAGUUCAGAAACGUUUGCUGUCUCCUCCAUCCCGCUUGGCCGAGUCAUCCGAGAUGGACCUGAAGGUGGUAUCGUUCGUGCUGCUGGUGCUGCAGAACACCCUCCUCGGCAUCGUGACCAAGUACUCUCGGGGCUCAAAGUACAAUGCCACGUCUGCGGUCAUGCUGAUUGAGGCAUUGAAGUUUGUUCUGUGCAUGCUCGCCGUCACUGUGACCAAGGGAAGCGUCGGCGAGUGCAUCGCAAGCGUCCGCCGUGAAGUGUUUGGGGACCGCGAAGGAUUCAAGAAGAUGAUCUUUCUCGCUCUCUUGUAUGCUGGCCAAAACACCGUCGCGCUGCUCUCGUACGACUACAUUGACGUCGCCACGUACAACGUCGUGUACCAGCUCAAGAUCGUCACGACCGCGUUCUUCAUGGUACUUCUCCUUAAGCGAUCCUUUAACCUUGUCCAGUGGAUCGCCAUGGUCGCGCUCAUGGUCGGUGUCGCGAUUUGCUCCACGGCACGCCCUACGUCGUCGUCAAACUCGGACAAAGCUGCAUCGAGCAGCUUCAUUGGCAUUGCAAUGGUCCUUGGCCUCGCGCUCAACUCGGGGAUCGCGGCCGCUUACCUCGAAAUGGUGCUGAAAACCCACAAGCCCCACCAGACGUUUCCGAAUCCGAUCGAUCCACUGUGGAAGACCAACAUCCAACUGGCCGUCAUUUCCGUGGCCGCCACCGGCGUCGGCGUUGCCCACUCGGGGCUCACGACCCCCACGUUUUCGUUCUUCGAUGGAUACAACCACUUUACGUACGGCGUGAUUGGGCUCCAAGCGUGCGGCGGCCUGAUCAUCGCUGCCGUCGUCCGGUACUCGGACAACGUGGUCAAGAAUUUCGGGACUGCACUGUCGCUCGUGUUGAGCAGUUUGCUGGCCAACUACUUAUUCCACACGACGUCGCCGCCGUUGUUUUACUUUGGCGGAGCUCUCGUCGUGAUAUCCGUCUUUGUGUACGGCGACUCGCGCUUCCAUUUCGCGGCGCCGCCCCCAGCGAUCGUGUCCGACAAGGCCAACUCUGACCGGCACAUGGAAGAAGGCCACAAGAGCGCUCAUUCGAUCCAAGACAUCACCCUCGCACCGGAAGAGUCCGAGUCCUUCUUGAACCAACGCAACAAAGAGUAACAUCGAUUCAAUGCACGCAUCGACUUGGUCUGCCUCUCCCUCACACUUGUCGCGCGGACGCUCGUUGGCCCGAGCUCCCGAUGCAAUCGAUGAAAUCGACACUAGCCUCCAUCGGCACACGUAUUGCAUCGAGAGAUCGUGGUGGUUGCCGUGGUUGGGGCACCUUGUGGAACAACCUCAUGCCAUCGAGUCAAGUGAGUUGUGUGCGUUGUAUGGCGAGCACAAUUCAGUAAACUUGUCAACGAUGCUGGGACGCCGACCCAUAGCGUAC